CAUGAGUAAACCACCUGCUAGCAUUUAGAAUUGGCAUCGCACGCAAUAUGUAUUAAAAAUGGUUGGUACAAUUAAUGGUGGCGCGUUUUACUUAACUCAGAUAUAGAUUUUACUUCUUUUUUGCAUCACAUUCAAAACUUGCUUAUUUUGGUCAAUUUAUUCGUUUUAUGUGGUAUUUUUAUUCGCGUUUUGUCAAGACGUUUUUGUGCUGAGACGAAAAAAUUAUUAUUUUGCUGCCGUGCUGUAUAACACCGUUUUCACUUUGUACAAACAGUAUACCUUUGUUGGUUUUCAUUUUUUAGCUUCGGGCAGCGUAAAAAAGCACACAUUUUAGAGCUCUUCUUUCCUGUCUAUUGACAUUUUUACUACAGAAAUAUCUACUAGUGAGAAUAUUUUCACCGCCUCAUCGGAACAACUUUAUUUCGAAAACUUAGAAAUUCUCAGAGUUGUGAACAAAAAUGGGCGUCUGUGAUCGAAUUCCAGUCGGGUCAAUGUUCGCGACAGUUUUCGUUGCUGUCGGCUGCGCACUUUUCUCCGGUGGAGCAAUUCUCGGAUUGAAAUCUAGCGAGGAGUUCCUAAAAGACUACCAACAAAACGACACAGCCGAAGCGAGCACCAAAAGAGUCGAGGACGUGAAGGAAAUUACUUCAUACACUUGCUAUGGUCUGUGUGCUGUUAUGGCUGUCGUGUGUCUCGUUCUAUUGCUUCGCGGGUUCUUCUCGACCUCUCGGGACGACGUUUGGGGCGGGUCCAGUUUCAUGAGUCAUACAAACAGGGGGCGUUGUCUGAAUAUGGUGUUGGUAUGCAUGACGUUUGUAGUCUUCAUGACUUGGACUGCAAUUCUAUCUGUCGCUUCGGUUCCACUCAUCGUCACUGUAUUCAUGCUUCGCGCUACUGAGCAAAUGGCCAAUAGUUCGAAUCUGGAUCUAUCCUAUUACUUAAUCGUGCCGUUCGAUUACGAAGCAUCGAGACGGGAAAUUUCCGGAACUGAUUUCGCAGACGCCUACGAUGACAUAAAGAAGAAUAUCGUGAUGUAUUACGUAAUAGCGUGGGCAGGGGCCUUUCUAUGUGUGUGGGGUCUGGCGGGAUAUCUGGUUGCACUGGCAGGUACCUGGGGCGUCGGCCAGGAAAGCAAGAAGCAAGAAAACUAUAUCUACAGACGAAAUCGCGAACAACGUGAAUUGGACGACUACCAACGAGCCCAGAACGGAAAAUAUCAAAUGUGAAAAAAAAAAAUUAUUUUGAGCUUCAUUAUAACACUGAUAUUUUAUUUUGGUAAAUUUUUGAAAUAACCUUAAUCAUCAUAAAUGGCAGUGUUCAAUUAUGUAAUUGACUAAAAAUUGAAUCGUAAUUCCAUGAGAACUAAAAAUGACCUAAAUUUAUGCACAUUUCAACUGACGACUGAGAUACGAUUCAUUUUUCACCAAUUUUGACAAUUUAUUAUGCAAUUAAUCGUUCUUCCUGGUGUUUAAAAGAAUUUUGUCCAUUUUUAAAAUAUAGCUGAUAUAACCUAGAUUUUGUAAUGUGCCUUACAUAAUUAAAAAAAUUGUUUCAGAUAAUUUAAAUAAGAUAAUUUAAA